AUGUCUUCCCAGAUCUUGAGUGAGCUAGAGAGCAACCAAAUACAAAUCUAUCAGUUUCCGACCGACGACGAAACAGUGCGUGCGAUUAAUGUUGAACUGAAUCGAUUGGUACCGUACGCAAUUGUGGGCAGUACGGAUUUUGUGAAGAAAGAGAAUGGCAAAAUGGUCAGGGCUAGACGUUACCCGUGGGGAAUUGUGGAAGGUAUGAGAGUUUUUCAUUCUUUUGUGAAUUGA